GCACAGCGAGGCGAUACAAAUAAUUAUAUCUGAGUCUAGUGAUUUGUAUGUCAAGAAUAUGUUUCCGGAACACCAUUGGACUGUAGGGCUCUACAAUUUCUGUUUUGUUUGAUAGCGUAAUAAUUAUUCACUGCAGUGUUUUCUUUGUCUAACUGACAUAGGGGCCUAGGCCUAUAUCGACAUUUUUCCGGGAAAAGUCUAAAUAAAUUCCGCUGAUGUACGUCUUAAGCCGCACUUGGAUAACGUGUUCAUAUGUAAUCGCUCCCGCGUGGAAUAGUGAACUCGCAAAUCCGCUGACGAGAAGUGAGUUACUGGACCUGUUCAACAAGCUAAGCAAAAGGAUUUGGGUAAAAUCAACGUAAAAUGGACAAAAUUUCGACUAUGUGAUGACUGUGUUUCAUGUCUACAAGGAAUGCAAAACAAACAAAUUUACGUCUAACGUUUCAUUUAUAACAAGCUUCAACCACACGGCAGUGUUUAUAUCAGUGAUAGGCCUAUAGCAAACAAUAAAAAAAAAAGCAGGAAAAUAGGAAAUAACGGUAAGCACAGCACGCCCUCAACUUUUCACAUGUUUCGUAACGCAUAUGCCUACUUGGUAAGACCAACAACGACUGUCCAUUGUAACAUUAAGUAUAUUAUUAAAGAUUUUAUUUUCAAAGGAAACAGAACAAAUACACAAUAACAGAAACUCCAAAACGACUACAGGAGGCCACAUUCAAGUUUGUUUAUUUGGAAAACUGAAAACCAGUUACAAGGAAUAUAUUAAGCACGUUCAAGUUUCCUAAUUUCUGAAUGAAAUAAAUGCGCUAGCUUAUUGCAAAACACUUUUUGUCUGAAAAUCGUUCGAAUAUCUUGCCAGUAUGGACAACUUUACAGGAUUUGUAACUGAACGGGUUCCAACAAGCGUAGUUUAUCAAAAAGUAAGCGACAUCGGAUCACUUCUUAUAUCCAUCGUCGCCGUGCUCGGAAACCUCGUCGUCAUCGGUGCAGUUAGCAUAUUCCGACCUCUUCAACGUAAGCAUAACAUUCUGGUUGUGAACUUGUCUUUUGCUGAUUUUGCAUACGGAUGCGUGAGUACUUUUUUGGUGCUCGUGGUAAUGGUGUCAGAAAUCAGCCCCGAAGCCGGAGUAGCUGCAAUGAUAAUGAUGGACUGCUUCACCAUCAUAUCAUCUCUUAGUAUCCUAGCAAUUACGUUAGAACGAGCUUUUGCUAUCAUGGCUCCUUAUAAACACACAAAAGUUGUAACUCAGAAACGACUUGUUUGCCUCGGCAUCACUUGCUGGUUUACUGGUGCGCUCUUCAGCUUUGUCAGCGUUGACAUCUCUUGGUACAUAUAUGACUGCACCAUGGACACUACGAUAAUUACUAUUCCUACAUUUUUAGCCUGUGUGUUGUACAUACCCAUUUUCAUUAUAGCAAACCGACAUGCACAGAUGUUGAGGAGUAGAGUUGGAAUGGGUAAUAAGGUGAAAACAGCCCUUAAAACGCUGAAAACAUUUGCAAUCGUUGUUGCUGUUCUUUGGACAUGUGUCGUCUGUUCUCUGGUUAGUAUCAUUAAUUGUGCGCAAUGGAAAAACAAGAGUGAUUAUGAACGAAGUGGACGAGCUCUUCAUAUACUUCUUCUCGCAUUCCCACUUAGCGCAGCUUGUAACCCAUUCAUCUAUUGCUGGCGAAAUGCUAUGUUCCGUAGCGGAGUUAAAACAUUCUUUCAGAGGAUGUUUGCCUGCAACAACUCUGAGAUGUACUAUACUUCCGAUACCGUCAUGAGAACGACAUAGAUUGUGCUCAAAAAGGACAAGUUGUUGAUUUUCCGCAUCACAAGUUAAUCACAAUAACGAUAAGUGCUUCAUUUACACACGUCACAUAAUAUUUCACAUACACAUUUCAAUAUGUUUGUUUAAGAAAACUUUAAGAGGUUUUUACUGAUUAAAAUUAUAGCACCUGACAACGAUUGAAAUCUGAUGGAUCAUCAGAAACAAAAAGGAAGUGUGAUGACCUUUGCACUUUAAAUCCUUGAACUGACAUCGUUUUACUGUGAUUAUGAUGGUAAAAUUCACAAGUCAUCAGUUCAAGUAAUUAUUUAAGACACGGAUAAAUAUACUUAGUCAGUGAUUGCACAAAGUCGCACUGGCCUAACCUUUCGACGUACCCUGGUUCAGAGAGAAGUAAGGUACGGUACUGCAGAGGGCGAAUCUUAUAAUGUAGGACAGAGCACGGGAACCUUGCAACCAGGCCGUAGGAGCAGAAUAUAAUUUACUAGCGAAAGAAAGACAUUUGAAUUGACUAUAAUUCUAUGUAGUUUAUGUCAAUGAUGAUAUAAGUAAAUCCUCUGAAUAUACACAUAAAGUAAUGUGAAGUGACCAUUCAUGUAAUUUGACGGUACAUUGUCACUUACAAUGACGUCAAUCGGCCUGACCAAACACUUUUUGAAUCUUUAAAUGUAGAUUUUCUGAAAUUAAUUGAAGCUGUUUUCCGAGUACAAAUAAGAUGCAUUCAUUAGUCGAUCUAUCAAUCGACUUUCUCAUCAAUGCAUUCCAGUCGCGUGUCGCCAACCUUUUUUGUCUUCUAAUAGGAAAGAAAGAAAUCGCGAGUUAAUCCUACAUUGCUUAUAAUCAAAUCAAUAUCUGCUUAUGUGGCUUAUUGUUUAUUUUACGAGAAUAAAAAUAACUACAAAGACGUAUUAGACUAGGUUUAAUAAACUGUAAUUGUGUUGCUGGACAAUACGCACUUAUAAAAUGUGCGACAUCGAUCCUGAAGAGUGCGACAAUGUUGGAUCAUAAAGUCUGUGAUUUUUCAAUGUAGGUCUAGUCGGCAAAAAUAAACGCACUAGUUUUACGUGAAAACCACUUCGGCUAAUAAUCACAAUAAUCCAGGGUUAUGAGAAAACCACUUCGGCUAAUGAUCACAAUAAUCCAGGGUGGUGUAGAGACUUUAGCCUCCUCCCACCAUUUAACAAGUGUGUUAUUUUAUGACUGUUAAAUAAUAAACUUGCAUAAUUAAAACUUUAAUUUAAGACCUCUGAAUGAAUUAGUUUACUAACCACACCCGCGUCAUGAGGGGGGGGGGGUGGUUAAGAAGGUUGAUUCAAAUCAUUAACGAAAAAUCCUGGACCCUCCCCUGGUAUCCAUACGGUAAGUCGAUGCAACAGUGAUUAUAAACACAAUUAAAGAGGAGGAACAACAGCAGCAUCACGUAACCAAAUAUUAUCGACCAAAACGUUCUUAAAACAAAAAACAUAGUUUAGGCCAAUGUUUACAACUGCAACAAAUUACUGGCAGACUAGUAAAUAAACAACCUUUAGAUGUUUCAUGGGUGCUAAAAGGUUUUCUCAGCAACAAACGACCAGUCAAUUUAUAGCAUGAUUAAAAUAAGAGGCCAGAGAUGUAUCGCGUGUUGCCAACUAAUAAUUACAUGCACUGUUCGCACGUAGAUUGAAUAGGAUAGAUAUUAUGGGAGAAAUCUCCGAGGAGGAAUGCAGAUGUCAGAUAUUAAUUAACUUUUAUUGAAUAACAAGAUUACUUGAAUACAAAAAAAGAAUUUGUGUUACAAUUUGCAGUAUAAUUUAGUUCUGAAAUAUUUAAUUCAGAAAUGAUUCUAUGUAACUAAACCUUCAAACGAAUAGGAAACUUGUCGGUGGGAUUGAAAUUAAUUUAUCAUUGAUGCUAAAUUUAUUUGUAGUAAUGUUUUUUUUUUCGACAGAUACAUUUCUUUUAUUUUCUUCACAUCGAACAGCAAGUACACUUACAUGAUAGAAUGAUGCUUUAUAAACCAAAUCUCUUUAAGAGGCUUAGGGAGUUGCUUUUGGUCAUGAGAAAAAGUCCUGCUGUGAGAGGAAUUGAACCCAGGACCUUGGGAUCGGAAGGCAAGCAUCUUAACCACUAAGCUAAUUCCACUCCAUAUAUUAUUAUUAUUAUUAUUAUU